AUGGUAUUUGAAGCGGUGUCUCAUAUUCUUCAUCCUGAUCAUAAAAAGGACGAUCAUGAAAGAUCCAAUGAAGAAAUCACAAACGAGGCAGAAAAAUUACGAGCGUCAGUGGGCGAUUUGGCACAGAAUCUCGCUAUUGAUCGAUUAACUCAAUUCCUUGAUGCUAAUGGGUGGGAUCACGGUGCCGCCAAAGAACAGCUAGAGUCAACAUUGCUAUGGCGACAAGAAAAACAAGUAGAUAUGUGCCCAGUGGCUACAGCGAAAAAUGGCCUACCAGUCUUAGUCAGUGUACGAGGUUACAAGAACAUCCAAGAUCAAAAUAUUCAAUCACAUCCUCAAUUAUCAGAAACAUCCAUCCGUAUAUUGAAUUAUUUGGGUGGCGAUUCCUUCCAUAAGUUUGAUAAAGAAGGCCAUCCUCUUUUGAUUGAUCGAACAGGAUAUCAUCAAUCCAAAGAAUUAGGAAAUGAUGUAACAUCAGAAGAAAUAAAACAUUUCCAAGUGGCAUGUAACGAAUUUUUAAAUCGAGUGAUUAUGCUUGAAGCAAGUGAACGAGCAGGUCGACCUAUUCAUAAAGAAACAAUCAUCUUUGAUUGUACUCAUAUGGGACUUUGGCAAUUCCAUAUGAGUGGACUAUUGAAACUCAAACAAGUAGCUGAAUAUGUUCAAGGUUAUUACCCAGAGACAUUGGCCCAUCUUUUUGUAGUAAAUGCGCCUAGUGCAUUCUUGGUAAUGUGGAGAAUAAUCAGACUUUGGUUAGAUCCUAAAACAUUGGAAAAAAUACAAAUACUUGGCAAAGAUUAUCAAGAUGUAUUAUUGAAAUAUGUGGAUAGUGAAUCAUUACCAGAUUUUUUAGGUGGAAAUUGUUCCUGUUGUCAUUUGGCAGGAGGAUGUGUUCCUUCAGUGAAUGAAGGACGUAUUCCAUUUUUAGUAAAGAAAGAAGAAAAUGAAAAAGUACCAUCAGUAUAUAAUUCAGAUAUAAUGAAAGAAGCCAAGACCAAUGUGAUAUAUCGUCAAAUAGUUAAAGAAUAG